GUGGGAAGCGUUAUUGCAAAUGGACGCUAUGGCGGAACAAAUGGACGAGAUGCGAUUAGGCUCCAGCUCUGUGAACGGCCCCCAGGUGACUCCACACAAGCUUGAGCAGAACCACGUGAAUGAGGCACCUCCCGGUGGAGGGCGAGGCGAGGAGGCGGCGGCGGCGGGCCCCUCGGGCGCCAUCUACUGUUGGCGAUGCCAGAAGGAAAUGACUGGCCUCACUACCUUCCUUCCCGAGGAGAUGACCUCCAAGGACUACUACUUUGACUCGUACGCCCAUUUUGGCAUCCACGAGGAGAUGCUCAAGGAUGAGGUGCGCACAGCCACUUACCGCAACUCCAUGUACCACAACAAACACCUCUUCAAGGGAAAGGUGGUGCUGGACGUGGGCUGUGGCACAGGCAUCCUCAGCAUGUUUGCCGCCAAGGCAGGUGCCGCAAAGGUCAUCGGGAUUGAGUGCUCGGGUGUGGUGGAGCAUGCCGAGCGCAUAGUGCACGAGAACGGCAUGGCCAACGUGGUCACCAUUGUCAAAGGCAAGGUGGAGGAGGUGACGUUGCCUGUUGACAAGGUGGACAUCAUCAUCUCCGAGUGGAUGGGCUACUGCCUCUUCUACGAGUCCAUGCUGGACACCGUGCUCUACGCCCGUGACAAGUGGCUCAAGCCUGGCGGCCUGAUGUUUCCUGAUCGGGCCACACUCUUCCUAUGUGCCAUUGAGGACCGCCAGUACAAGGAUGAGAAGAUAAACUGGUGGGACAGCGUGUAUGGCUUCAACAUGAGCUGCAUCCGCAAGGUGGCCAUCUCUGAGCCCCUGGUGGAUGUGGUGGACCCCAAGCAGGUGGUGACCAAUGCCUGCCUGCUCAAAGAGGUCGACCUGUACACUGUGCGCGUUGAGGACCUCUCCUUCACUUCCCCGUUUCACCUGCAAGUGCGCCGGGAUGACUACAUCCAGGCCUUUGUCACCUUCUUCAACGUUGAGUUCACCAAGUGCCACAAGCGCACAGGAUUCUCCACAGCUCCUGAGGCCGCCUACACCCACUGGAAGCAAACAGUGUUCUACUUUGACGAUUACAUGACUGUCAAGAAGGGUGAAGAGAUCUGUGGUGUAUUCAGCAUGAAGCCCAACCCUAAGAACAAGAGGGACCUGGACUUCAGCAUAGACAUUGACUUCAAGGGAGAGCUGUCCGAGCUUUGCGAGAGCUUUUCCUACCGGAUGCGCUGAGAGGGCUGCCAAUCAUGAGGAGGGGGAAAGAUAAAGACACGUCCUGUCUUC